GCCUGUUUGUCUUGAUACAUGGAAGAAACGGACCGAGUGUGACCAAUUAACACCACACAACCGUCAAAGUUCCGCGACAGCCCAGCGACCUUAGCCUCCCACACCGUUGAGAAGAUCGCAACUGCUUCUGACCCAGGUUGACUUGUCUGGUGCUUGUGCCGGUCCUCCCUCCUCUCACUAGUCUUAUCACCACUCCAAUCUCCCUUCGUGGGUGGCCGCGGCGGCGGUGUCGAGAGAAAGUCUUACCACUGUCGGCCGUCACUGAGAGCGCCAGCAAGACACACACACACACACACACUACCUGUCCAAGAUGCGCCGCGCAAAACGACCAGUGCGCAACACGGGUCCCUGGUCCUCGCCUCGAAUCUUAAACUCCUCGUCGCCAAUCAUCACCGCGGACAUCCACGGGUUUCUCGUGACGGCCGUCUCAAACUGGACCGCCGAAGCCGACAGCUACACGGAGGCGGAAAAGCGCACCAUCAUCGACAGCCUCCCACCCCGGUAUCGGAAGUACGAACUCGACGCCGAGGGGCGCCUGAAGUGCCCGCUCUCAGUGGAAUUCGUGCUCGACGACCCCUACGUCAAGGCCGCGGUGCACAAGUUCAAGCGCGACGUGAGCGAGGGCUGCUACGAACGGAGCUGGCAGAACCAAGCCAGGAAGGCCAUGCAAGAGAGGCGCGACGGCAAAUUUGACCCUUAUCUGCAGGAGCGGACGGAGGAAACGUUUGGGGACCCGGGCUCGAACGACGGCCCAGAUGAAACCGCUGACGAAGACAUCGAUCCCGAAGUGGAUUCGAGUGACGGGGACUGGGGCGAAAGGAGAAGCCCAAGGGGAAGACGCACCAACAAGGGCAAGGGCACGCCACAGACUCGGAUUCUACAACAGAGGCGAAAGGUCCUCGCUGGAGGCGAGGCGAGGUGAAUGUGCCGAUGCAUCUUUGAGAUACACUCUGUUCAAGCCUGUGUUGCCAUACAUUUCAGGCGGGCGGCCUCCCAAAGUUCAAAGGGGUUAUUCGGAUGGUAAUCUUGCAGCGUAGUAAACACACGGCCUUCUAUUUGUUCUUCAAGCGCACUUCGAGCCCAUAUCAGAGGAAGCUAGGUGAGAGUGUCUAUGAAGUGCAUAUUACGCCCGUCCAUCUUACCAGCGGCAUAAGGAUGAGCAGUCUAUUUCACGCCACUCCCCUAGAGCACACGCUCACCAUGUCGUACCUAAAUCUAGCCCUGUCGCCUCAUCGCACUGCCAGGCAUUACACCCCAGGAAACAUUUAACUUUGAGCCAUGAGAGAGGCCGACGUCCUUUGAAUCCACAUGGGUUUUUCU